UCGACCGCCGCGAUGCUUGCAGCUCUCCUGAUUCUUCUCCUCUCCUCGCCGCCGCCGUCACCGGCGGCCGCCGACCGGUGGUUCUGCAGCGACGACAACGCCACGUACACGGCGAAUGGCACCUACAUGACGAACCUGGGUUCCCUCGCCGUUUCGCUCGUCGCCGGAGCCACCGAGCUACACUCGGCUACGGGCGCCGUCGGCACGGGCUCCGACAGGGUCUACGGCGCCGUGCUCUGCCGAGGCGACUCCACGGGCGCCGACUGCGGCAGGCGCCUCCGAGAGGCCUUCGACCGCGUCGUCAACAGCUCCGGCAGCGGCGCCACCGUGUGCGCGCUCCGCAGGGACGUCGCGCUCUACGACGAGCUGUACCACCUUCGCUUCUCCGACCAGGACUUCCUCUCCGCCUUCAGCAACUCGCCAGAAUGGGUCGACUUCACCAACCUGAACCUCGUGCCGGCCAACGACGCCGCGCGGUUCGAGGGGGUCGUCGGCGAGCUUCUGGGAGCGCUCGCCGACGCCGCGGCGAGGCAGCCAGAGAGGUACGCCGCGGACGAGGCGCGGUGGCCGUCCCAGGAGAGGGACCGGACGGUGUACGGGCUGGUGCAGUGCACGCGGGACAUGCCGCCGGAGCGCUGCCGGGCUUGCCUGGACGGCGUCAUCGCGGAGAGGCGGAAGAAGAUCGGCGGCGGCGAGAUGGGCGGCGCAAUCCAUGGCGUGAGGUGUUCGCUGCGGUACGAGUCGGACAACCAGUUCUUUACCGCCACAGGGCAAAAGAAGGGACAUGCAACCAUGAUCGUUGCCACAGUUUACUCUCUUUCCAUCGUCUGUACACGCCUGUUUUUCUGGUUCCUAAGCAUCAGAAGAAAGCAAAAAAGAGCAAUUAUAAACUCAAUGGAACAGACCACAAACAUGGAUGAAGUAAUGAGACUUUGGAAGAGAGAAGAUUCUGGUUCAGAGUUCUCCUUGUAUGAUUUUAAUCAGAUUGUUGAUGCCACAAACAACUUCUCAGCCAGCAACAUAUUAGGAGAGGGAGGCUUUGGCCCUGUUUACAAGGGAGUGUUCCCUGAUGGACAAGAGUUAGCAAUAAAAAAGCUCGCUGCACGGUCAAGACAAGGUCUAGUGGAGUUCAAAAAUGAGAUCCAGCUCGUAGCAAAACUUCAGCACAAAAACCUUGUUAGGCUGCUUGGCUGUUGUGUUCAUGAGGAACAGAAGAUACUGAUCUACGAAUACCUUCCCAACAAAAGCUUGGAUCACUUCAUUUUUGAUCCUAUCAAACGGGCAUCACUAAGCUGGAAAAUACGGACAAAAAUAGUUGAAGGAAUAGCUCAGGGGCUUCUAUACCUUCACAAGCAUUCACGAAUACGGAUAAUCCAUAGGGACGUGAAAGCAAGUAACAUUCUGUUGGACUCUGAGUUAAACCCUAAAAUUUCUGAUUUUGGGAUGGCAAGGAUAUUCCCAUUGGAUGCCUCUCAAGCAAAAGCAAGCAGACUUGUGGGAACAUUUGGUUACAUGGCACCUGAAUAUGCAUCUGAGGGCCUUCUCUCAAUCAAAUCAGAUGUUUUCAGUUUCGGUGUCCUGCUUCUUGAAAUUAUGAGUGGAAGGAGGAGCGCAGGGUUUCAGCACUAUGGAGAAUUUCAGAAUCUUCUUGAAUAUGCAUGGGGAAUGUGGAAAGAUGGAAGAUGGUAUGAGUUCGUUGAUGAAUCAUUUGGUGAUGAAUAUGGACAAGGAGACAUGAUGAGAUGUCUCAUGGUAGCACUAAUGUGUGUUCAAGAGAAAGCAGUUGAGCGUCCCACUAUGUCCGAUGUUGUUGUAAUGCUUAGCAGUGAUAACAUCACCAUACCAGAACCAAAGAAACCAGCUUACUCACAUGUCAGAGUAGACGUGUCAAGAGACGUGAAUGCAUCAUGCAGCAGAAAUGACAUAAACAUAACUGCUAUUGAUGGUAGAUAGUACAAUAUAGAUGUAUAAUUUACGGUUAA